AUGGCCUCGUUGCUACUGGAUCUGACAACUACGAAAUGGCCACUCGCAGAAAACUUCUUUCAGAGCCUGAGUGUCUUGCAGAAAGCAUAUUGGAUGAAUACGGUUGGUAUUGUGGUCUUCUCGAUCUACUGCUGGUUUUCAGCCAUGAGAUACCCAGGUUUGAAAGGGCGAUUCAGUCUCACAACUCGUCUGGCAUAUUUUACGGAUUGCGAGGGCCUGUUCAGGGAUGCUUAUGAGACUCAUUGGCUGGUAACUCAACCAGAUAAUGUCCUCAGCAUACGAGGGGUAUUCCGUGAGAUAGAUCAGAUUGACUGGGCUGGCGACAGCUAUGACAGCCGUAAAUGA